GUGUAGAAUGAAAUGUCGUCGCUCCAACAACUCAUGCUCGACGACAAGGAGUUUCCGAUCUCCAACACGAUCUACGGCGCGUUCAACUCGGCGGUCUCGGUCCCCAACAUGAUCAUCCCGUUUGUCGGUGGUCAUCUCCUCGACUGCAAGGGCCACGUCACGAUCCUCUACUUCCUCAUCCUCAUGUGCUGCGGCCAAGCGCUCUUUGCGUACGCCAUGGAGCUGCACUCGAUCUGGCUCGCGAUGGCCGGACGCAUCAUCUUUGGUCUUGGCGAGGGCAGCGUCGUGGUCGGCGGCCGCGCGAUCGUCGCGUACUGGUUUGACCGGUCCGAGCUCACGUUUGCGAUGGGCACGUCGGUGGGUAUCACCAACAUCUCCAAGAUGCUUGCGAAAGCGACGGUGGCGCCUGUCGCGCUCUACUUUGGCAGCUACGUGUACGGUCUCUGGUACGGCUUUGUGGUGUGCAUCGUGUCGUUGUUGGUGGCGCUUGUCGUCGGCCGCGCUGCGCAGACGCUCAAGCGCAUCAAGCGCGACGUCAAGCACCAAGUGCGCGCGGGCGCCGAGCUCGUGUCGGUGAUCGCGCCGUCGCUCACGUGGCUGAGCUCGUACUGCUACGUGCGCCGCGCCAAGAAGGCCGAUGUCGUCCACGAGAAGCUGUCGUUCAUGGCGAUGGGGUCGUUCUCGCCGCUAUUUUGGCUCGUCGUCGCACUCCACGUGACGUUCAUCAACGUGUUCCACCUCUUCCAGAACGUCUCGGCGAGCUACUUUACCCAAGUGCACGGCUACUCGAUCGUGAACGCUGGGUACGUGAGCAGCUUGGCGCACGUGUUUGUGAUCUUUGCGCCGCUCGUGGGCCUCGUGGUCGACUGCGUUGGCGGUCGCAUCCAGCUCAUUCUGUGCUCGUCGUGUCUGAGCAUCCUCGCGUACACGUUGCUUGUCUUCACCAACAUCAACCCGAUCGUGCCGAUGCUCAUGAUCUCGCUCUGCCUCUCGGUGACACCGACGAUUCUCAUGGCCAGCAUUGCGCUCUCGAUCUCCAAACACCGGUUCGGGACGGCGUUUGGUAUCGUCGAAGUUGUCGAUGCACUCGGCGGUUUUGUCGGCAACAUUGCGAUCGGCUACAUCCUCGACACGUCUGGCGGCUACAACGCCGUCAUGCAAGUGCUUUUGGGCCUCGCCUGCCUGACACUUGUGCUGGCACUCGCCCUCGCGCGCGAAGACACGCGGACGGGCAACCACCUGGCGGCCGCCACGAUCGCCAAAAACAACGAGGAUGUCGAGCUGCGGGAGGCCGACUAUAGCACCUCUGGCAGCGACGGCGGCUGCCCCGAAGGCGUAUAUGUCUAAGUGGCCCCUUAUUUAAUACGGUUUUUGUAUGCAAACUCAUUGUCCUUUUCCAUCGA